UGGAGAGAAGGGGCCAGAGAGAAGAGCAGGUUUCUUUCUUUCCCUCGAGAAAGUAGAGAAGGUUUGUGGCGUUGGGGCGCGCUCGGGUCGGCGGCCGAUCAGAGGAGGGUGGACGACGGCGCGGCGCGAUCGUCGCGGCCGAUUAUCAUCGCGCUCUGGCGAUGGUGGCGGUCGUCGCCGUGGCGGCUUUUCGGCGGACGGGAGACGCGGCGCGGAUCCGAGUCGGGAUGAGCGCGAAAGCCGAGAAAAGUCGGGGCACUGGGCAGUGGUGGCAUCGGGCAGACCGACGACCCGGUGCGCCUCUACCGACGCGGCGACGCACUGCGCCGACGUCGCGACGACGACGACGUCGUCGCCUAGGCGACCGAGCGAGGCCCCCCUCGCCCCUCUCCUCCCCGCUCGCCGAGCAACGAGGGGAGGGGAGGGCGGGAUCGAUCAAUCGAACGCGCGCCGCGAGAGCACGAGAUAUCGAGAUGUCGAGAGGGAGGAAAAAGAACUAAGGCGCGUUUUUUUCCCCUUCCUUUUCUUUUUGCCGUCGUGGAAUUAUAGAGGAGCUCUCUUUCUCUCUCUCUCUUUUGCGAGAUUUAACUGAUUUUUUUUUUGGCCAAGAGUGUUUCAACGUGAGAAUACGUUAAUUCAUUGGACACUGUUCGAGUUGGAGCAGUUCUUUUUAUUUUUCUUCGGUGCUCUUUCUGCAGAGUUUUAAUUUUGAAAGGAAAAUUUGUUUAUCGAAGUUUGUACGAAGUGAAUCGAUUCGAGUAUGUUAGAAAGUUUUCGGUGUGAAUUUAGUUGCUUCGACUCUGUUCAAUUUUAAUAGAUGUUCGAUAAUCGAUCGACCUGUCAUCGAUUGAUUUUAACCGCGAAGGUUAUACGAACGAGAUGGUGAAAAAUGCUAUCAAGGUUUACGCGAGAUUGAAACCGGAAAAGGAUAAGAAAAACAUAUUGGAUUACGAGAUCUUGUACCGUCCCAGGAAGAAUCUGGAGGAAGAUUUCUUGAUUCUCGUCUCCCCCAUACAAAAAUGCAAGGAUUACCUUGACAAUCGGCCCGAAUCGUGGAAUUUCUCUUUUUAUCGAAUAUUCGAGGAAUCCUCCACGCAAGACGAGAUCUUCGAAAAUGUGGCACGACCGGUAAUAGAAAGAGCCCUGGAUGGUUACAACGGAACCAUUUUCGCCUACGGCCAGACGGCCAGCGGGAAAACCCACACGAUUACCGGCAGCCUGGAGAACGAUGGCCGCGGUAUCAUACCGAGAAGCUUGCAAUUCCUGUUCGACGCGAUAGGAAAGAGGCCGGAAAACGUGUACUCCAUCGAGGUGGCUUAUCUGGAGAUUUACAACGAGACCGGGUACGACCUGCUGGAUCGGAGGCAGCCACGAGAGUUCUCCGUUACGAGAUUGGAAGAUUUACCACGUAUCAGCAUCAGAGAGGACGAGGUUGGAAGAUUGCAUUUGAAGAAUUUGACGUUCUACUGUGUCAAGAAUAUAGAGGAUGCGCUUGAGCUGCUUUUGCUAGGAGAUAAUAACAGGGUCACUGCCGAGACACCGAUGAAUCCUCAGUCAUCGAGAUCUCAUUGCAUCUUUACCAUAGUAGUUUCCACCAAACAGUUCGGCGCUGAACAAUACAAGAGAGCGAAAGUGCAUCUUGUCGAUUUAGCAGGGUCCGAGCGCGUCUACAAAUGCUCGAUAACCGGCACCAUUCUGACCGAAGCGAAGCACAUUAACCUGAGCCUACAUUACCUGGAACAAGUCAUAGUGUGUCUGGGUCAGGAGAGCAUGGGUCACAUACCUUACAGGAAUUCCUUAUUAACAUCGAUCUUGAGAGACAGUUUAGGAGGAAAUUGCAUAACCGCCAUGUUAGCGACUCUAAAUAUCACGUCUUUUAAUUUGGAGGAAACGGUGUCCACUUGCAGAUUCGCUCAAAGGGUGGCUUUGAUAAAGAAUUACUUGAAACUAAAUUUGGAGACGGAUAUUAACAGCGAGAACGCAUUAUUGAGAGCGGAGAACGAAAGACUUAAGCAACAAAUCAAAGCUCUGACAAUGCAAACAAAUGAAGAACUUACCGCCGACGACAAAAGGCAUCUGGAUCGUAAGAUAAGAGAUUUCUUAGAAUCGGACGAACGAAUCUGUUGGGACUAUAAUCCGAAGAAAGUGCAGUAUUGUUUCGAAAGUUUUAAACAAGCUUUCGAGCUUGGCAAAGAUCCUAAAUGUUACUUCAAAAAAUUGGAAUAUUACAAAGAUCUGGUCGUCCAAAGGGACAAGGAAAUUUCUUUGCUGAUCGACAAGUUGAAAGACAAAGAACGAUCCACGUUGGAUACCAGUGGCAAUGAUUUUUCGAUCGAUAAAAUCAAAAAUAAUAAGAAGACAGAGCAGAGUACGACGGAUAAUUGUAUUCGAAACGAUAAAAAUGAAACGAUUUUACGAAAUGAUUUGGCAUUAAACGAUCAAAAUGACAAACGAGAAAGCUUAGUACAAAAUUCGUCGAACAUCAGCGUUCCUUCGAAGAAAUUGAAACGAAGAUUUCAAAAAACCGUCAAUCGAAUCAAAACUAACGAAAAUAUCUCCGCUCGAGAUUCGCCGUUCCGAAGUAAAUCGACGACACAGUUUAACGCAGUGAUGCCGGAAUUGUUGCCUUGCAAUAUCGUCAACUUGAAUUUAGACGAUCUGAUCGAGAAUAAGAAUCGACCGAUCGAACGAAAAACGAGCGAAACCAACGAUGAUGAAACGAAUCAAUCGUCUUCACGAUUGAUAAUAUCCGAAAAGCCGCGGAAAAAUGUUAGGAAUAAACGUAACACGGAGUCGAGAACGAAACAGCAGAAUAACGACGACAGUUCUGUUGAAUUGUCGAGUGGUAAAGGAAGAAUUGUAAUCGAGAAGGAUUCAUCCGUGGAAACGGAUUAUUCGACCCCCGUGUACGAGAAGUUCUUAAGCUUCAAUUCUUCCUCCUCGAACGGUGUAAACACGCCAAAAAGUUCGAUUUUUGAGAAAGAUGUGAAGACCAAAGCGGAACGUUUCGAUCAAAAGUCUGAUUUAGGGGAGGAGAGCAACAAAUACUUUGACGAUUCGUUGCCUUUGACGGGGGAUCCAGAGAUCGACGAAGAAAUAAUAGCUUUCUAUAAAGCGAAACGAUCUGGAGGUAUUUAUUGAUCGAUUCGUGUACUUCAUACAUAUAUAAAUAUUUUUCAUUCGUUUUUCUUAAUUUCACGUUAAGAUUACGAUUCUUGAUGAUCCUGAUAACUGAUUAUAGAUUUCUUCGUAACAUUUGUAAACACAUGU